AGCAUGAAUUUUUUAACUCUAAGUCGCCUAAACGCAUUCAUGAACAUAAUCUCUGGGAACAUGUUACCAGUAACCAGCAAGAAAACAAAUCUACCCAUUAAUUUGAAGAUCUAUUGGGUGAUAGUGUGGAUGAUACAGCUGUCAUACUUAACAGCCUGCAUUCUCGGGAUCCACUACGUGCCUACAGAGAACUCUUUGAAGGAUAGCACUGUAGCAAUGGCGGUCACAGUGGAAGCCAUUACACUAAGUGUUUAUAUGAACAGUCGUAAAAACCUUCUACGACAAUUAAUCGAACAACUGAAUGAAACCUUGAAGGAAGGCGAUGAGAUGCUAAGAACCAUCACAAUGGAAACAGUGAAUCCAUUGCAGAAGGUAUUGAAGAUGUACACUAUUGGCAGUAUCGGUUCUGUUAAUAUUUGGAUACUUCUGCAGUUCGUUAAAAUGACCCGGAAAGAAUUCUAUUACGUGGAUUAUAGGGUGCCUGCUGUAUUUUCUGCAGAGCCAUUUUCGAUCAACGUGUUCUUAGCAGGUGGAAUGUUGGUGUGUAUGGGUAGCACGUACGCCAUUGCUAAAAAAGUUAGUCUCGAUCUUUAUAUGAUACACUUGGUUCGGUUGAUGACAGCACAGUAUAAGUAUCUGAGGAUCAGAUUCGCAAUGAUUCUUCGACAUAACCUAAAAAAUGUGGAGGAAGAUGUUUGGCAGAGCGUGCCUUGGAAGGAGGAGCAGAAUGUUAAGCAGGAGAUGAGGAUGCUGACUUGUCAUUACGAAAGUAUAAUUAAAAUGGCUACCAUACUGAAGAAGGUCCUAGCACCUAACAUCGGAGUUCUUUAUAUAAACAAUGUUUUUCGGUUCUCUUUCCUAAGCAUUAUGUUCGUAAUGGCUUCUGCGACAGAAAUGGAAAAAUAUCUGAUCAUGUCGUACUCAAUUGGUGCAUUGAUUCAACUGUACAUGUUGUGCUUCUCGAUUCAAGAAUUAUUCGAAGCGAGUAUAGCAGUCGCUGACGAUGCAUUCUAUGAAAAAUGGUGCGUUUAUGACACCUCCUUACUGCGCGCAACAGCCAUUAUGACUUUCGGCAGCAAAUUAGAAUGCAAAUUGUCCAGUGUACGAAGCAUUGACCUAACCUUACCAUCCUUCAUGUCGAUUCUGAAUCAAGCAUACUCGAUGUGUUUAUUGUUCUUAAAAGCAAGGUGAGGUUAGAACGGCCUAAUAGCAAUGAAACUGUGUUUCAAUUGAAAUAUAGUGAUGUAUAUUUACAAGUAAAUAUUACUUCAGAAUUUUAUUAAAUAAUGCUCUUUAUGGAAAAACAUUAUCUAUAAAACCUAACCUAACCUAAGCGUAGAUCUACUAGUGGCGCCCUCUAUCUCUAAUGGAAUCCUAACUUUAGGGUGCCAUAUGUGUUCCCAACAGUGGCCAUAUGUCCAAUCACUAUCUAAUCACUGAUUCAAUUAUGG